GGGCAUGAGACCGCAAACUGCGCAGGCGCUGAGGUGGGAGGCUCUCAAUGCGCAUGUGUUGCGUCAGGGCGCGCACCGACGUGGUCAGUGGGCGCCAGGGACUGAGCGGGAACAUGGCUGAACGCGGGCUGAAGUCGGUGCUGUUCGUGUGUCUAGGUAACAUUUGCCGGUCACCCAUUGCAGAAGCAGUUUUCAGAAAACUUGUUACUGAUCAAAACAUUUCAGAUAACUGGGCCAUUGACAGUGGAGCUGUUUCCGACUGGAACGUGGGCCGGGCUCCGGACCCAAGAGCUGUGAGCUGCCUAAGAAAUCAUGGCAUUAGCACAGCCCAUAAGGCAAGACAGGUUACCAAAGAGGACUUUGCAACGUUCGACUACAUGCUGUGUAUGGACGAAAGCAAUCUGAGAGAUUUGACUAGAAAAAGUAAUCAAGUUAAAAACUGCAAAGCUAGAAUUGAACUGCUCGGGAGCUAUGAUCCACAGAAACAGCUCAUCAUUGAAGAUCCCUAUUACGGGAAUGAGUCCGACUUCGAGCAGGUGUACCAGCAGUGUGUCCGGUGUUGCAAAGCCUUCCUGGAGAAGGCCUCCUAGGGCUGGCCAGGCUCCACCGCAGCCCAUGUGUGUCCCACCCAGUUCUGCCCUCUUCUGUGCUCAAGCCCCAGGCCCCGCCUCUUUCUCCACAUGACUUAGCAUUUCCCUGUUAAAGAUAAUUGAAAGUGUAGAUCUGCAGUAUUUGCAGGAGAACAAAUAUGCUUGAUUUGGUGUUUAGGCAUACAGUAAGUUUUCAUAGACUAGCUGAGUGUCCCACUUCACCCUAUUUAUAGAAAACAGUGAACAAGCAAAUAUAAAACAGCAAAAUGGAGACCUGUAGAGCAGGAGUGACCCACAGGCCCAGAUCAGCCUCUUAGUCCAGGAGGACCUGGACAGGCUGUGCUACCUCCCUUGGUGUGUGGAUGGUGUCCUCCGCUCACCUGUGUACCUCUUUGCCCAGGCCUGUGCUGGAGUCACAGAGUCCAUCCAUUCAUCCUCAGCAGUUCCUCACCAACACUGGCAGUGUUUCAGCUCAGGCACGUUCAGUGUGAUUAUCUGUAUGCAUGUGAUCAAAAAAUACAGUGAAUGUUUAAACUUCAAAAAAAAAAAUUUACAGUAAGGACGCAUUGUUGGGCUGGGGAUUUAGUUGAGCAGUGUAAGUGCCUGCCUGGCAAGUGUGAGGUUGUGAGUUCAAUCCCUGGUACCAAAAAAAAAAAGAGGACACAUUGUCAUGAAUUCCCCUCAGAAUCCCCAUUGUUCUCGCCACUUUCUGCAGCAGCUCUGGAGUCCUCUUUGCUGUGCCUCUAAUUGGGCUGUUCUGGCUGCUCUGAUGUUCUGAAUCAAUUGAAAACGUCUCCUUUCCAUGGUCGUUUUGACUUUGGGAUGAGUCAGAGGUCACACAGUGCUGGAUCAGGUGACCAAGGCGGAUAGGGCUCACUCAGUGUUCAGGAGCUGCCUUGCCAUCAGACAGCUUGGCAGCCGUGUUCACCAAAAUUUUGAUCACACUUUGUAAAGACAUGAAAGAGAUUUCAGAAAGGGACAAUAGCGCUGGAAUAAGAAUGUUUGAAGCUAUGCAGGGAUUCAAGGAAGUAUGUCUAUCAUCAUCUUUUAUUUAAACAUUUACUUUAUUUUCAUGGUAUCUCCUAGAUUUAAGAUAGGAAGAUUAGUGCAAAUGUUGGUUUAAUAGUUGUCGGUUUUGUCUAGUUGAUUUCAUGAGAAGAUUGCUUAUUUGCUCCCAUUUAAAUCACUUUCCUCUAAAAAUUUAAUUCCGUCCAAAGAGAACAACGCUUAUAAGAAGUUAACUUGUGAGCAGUGGAGGGGUGUGUCUGUUUUAUAUGCAUGUGUAAUUAGAUGUCAAAUACAGAUUGGCUUAGAUAUAAAGAAGUAAAAAGUUGGAAAGUUUUAUUACAUUUGUAUCCUUAAAUACUGAUUUGUUAAUAAGAUAGUUAUAGACAAAUUAUGUAAUUUCAUUCUCAGAUUCGUGGAUAUCAGAAAAGAUGGCUUUCAGAUAAACUGGGAUGUUACAAAAGUAUAAUAGAGAAAUAUGGUGUCUUCCUCUUUUUUUAUUGUCAAAUAAAGAUUUGAGAACAUCA